UUUUAGUUUUUUCGUUUUGUUGUAUAUAUAAUUUUUGUUGCCACUUGUUGCUCACCAUGACCGCGGCUUCCCCGGAUUACCUGGUGAUUCUGUUCACUAGCACUGCGGGUGCAAACUGUGCAAAACUGGGCUCCGACGAGAAGGAGGUCAUUCAGCUCCUGUGGAAAGUGGUGGACCUGACCAACAAGAAGGUGGGGGAGCUGCACGACGUGAAGGUCCGACCUGACCACCUGGACCUGACAGAAGAAUGCAAGGAGGCCACAGAGAUCGAGGCCGAGAGCCUGUACCUGGCCCCCCAGCUGGAGCAAGCCCUGCAGCAGUUCAACCAGUCCGUAGGAAAUGAGAUAAACAUUGGUGUUGGGACUUCUUUCUGCUUGUGCACUGAUGGGCAACUUCACAUCAGACAAGUAUUACACCCUGAGACCUCCAAAAAGAAUAUCCUUCUUCCUGAAUGUUUUUACUCCUUCUUUGACUUGAGGAAAGAGUUCAAGAAAUGCUGCCCGGGGUCCGGUGAAACAAGUGAACUUGAUGUCACAGAAAUGGCGCAUUGCUUGGGUCUUGAAAAAGAGGACAUGCACUUGUCUCAUGGCGCAUCAGAGGUGGACACUAUGGGAGUCGUUAUUUUGACAAUGAUUUCGAAACCCUAUAAUUACAAAUUUUCAGACCCCGAAAGAGUAAACUACAAAUUUGAGUCUGGUACUUGCAGCAAACUGGAGAUAAUCGAUGAUAAUACCAUAAUCCGAGCCAGAGGCUUACCAUGGCAGUCAUCUGACCAAGACAUUGCCCGUUUCUUCAAGGGCUUAAAUAUUGCAAAGGGUGGAGCUGCCCUCUGUCUCAAUGCCCAGGGAAGGCGAAACGGUGAAGCUUUAGUCAGAUUUAUCAGUGAGGAGCACAGAGAUUUGGCGCUGCAGAGACAUAAGCAUCACAUGGGCAACAGAUACAUUGAGGUGUACAAAGCAACUGGACAAGAUUUCCUGAAAAUAGCUGGAGGUACAUCCAAUGAAGUUGCUCAGUUUUUGUCCAAAGAGAACCAGGUGAUUGUACGCAUGAGGGGGCUGCCAUUCACUGCCACUGCCGAGGAAGUGCUGACAUUCUUCGGCCAACAUUGCCCUGUAACUGGAGGCAAAGAUGGGAUUUUGUUUGUUACUUACCCUGACGGCAGGCCGACAGGAGAUGCAUUUGUGUUGUUUGCCUGUGAGGAAUAUGCACAGAACGCAUUAAAGAAGCACAAGGACUUGCUUGGCAAGCGGUAUAUUGAGUUGUUCAGGAGCACGGCAGCGGAGGUGCAGCAGGUCCUGAACAGAUACUCCUCUACACCUCUUAUCCCACUCCCGACACCCCCAAUCAUUCCUGUACUACCUCAGCCCUUCAUUCCUCCAGUCAACGUCAGAGACUGCAUACGCCUCCGCGGGCUUCCAUACGCUGCAACUAUUGAGGAUAUAUUGGAGUUUUUGGGUGAAUUCUCUGUUGAUAUCCGGACACAUGGAGUACACAUGGUGCUCAACCACCAGGGGCGGCCAUCAGGAGACUCAUUCAUUCAGAUGAAGUCGUCGGAGAGAGCUUUUCUGGCAGCACAGAAGUGUCACAAGAAGACAAUGAAGGACAGAUAUGUGGAGGUGUUUCAGUGUUCUGCAGAGGAGAUGAACUUUGUCUUAAUGGGGGGAACUUUAAAUCGCAAUGGCUUGUCCCCACCGCCAUGUAAGUUACCAUGUCUGUCUCCCCCAUCAUACACAUUCCCAGCACAAACAGCCGUCAUUCCUACUGAAGCAGCUGCCCUCUACCAGCCCUCUCUACUGCUCAACCCACGUGCCCUGCAACCCUCUGCGGCAUACUACCCAGCUGGAGCACAGCUCUUCAUGAACUACACUGCUUACUACCCAAGCCCCCCAGGCUCUCCAAGCAAUCUAGGGUUCUUCCCAGCCACAGCCGGUGCCAGCAGUCUCCCCCCACACAAUGGAGCUGCGGUGGUGCGCAUGCAAGGACUGGCCUACAACUCUGGUGUAAAGGAGAUAUUGAAUUUCUUCCAAGGUUAUCAGUAUGCCCCAGAAGAGGGUCUUCUCCCAAUAACUGACCAGGCCAGAACCUUGAUCACCCACCCAAAGGAAUGGGUGUGUAUAUAGAGAUCUUUUCAGCGCUUAUGUAGAAGAGGUUUUCCUCGACCAGUUUAAUUGUACAUUGCCACUUUGCUAAGCAGAAAGCUCCUGGCCAUUUUCUUUUUUUCUUUUUUUUUUUUUUUAUAAUUUUUACAUCCGGCCAGGAAGGAAUUUUGGACCAUGGAAAAUAGCAGUCUACCCUCCUAAGACUAUAAAAGAACAUGAACUUUAAAAGAAAGUCAGUACAUACAACAUAGACCGGGGUAGACGGACAGAUCUUCCAAUGUGCAAAAAUGGUUCUACUACUGAGAUGUGAUCGGCCGCUCGGUGAUGUCCUCAUCGCACCAUGUAAACGGGAAUGACUUCUCCAUUGACCUUUUUUUUUUAGCGGCACUAACAAAGUACGAGGAAUUUCUACACCUAAUGGACUUUUUUUUUUUUUUUCUGGACUUCCUGUUAGUCUUUACCACUGCUGCACCAAAAGUGUUAAUACAGCGGGUGAUAUAUUUUUAUGUAUAUUUUAUUUGAUUUCUGAAACCAGAGGUUCACUCUCUACAGAAUACCACCAUUUGCCAUGCUCAAAAGGGAAUGGCUGUCAGUUCAAUGCAUGUUUGCAUUGUAUACGAUGCAACAUUUUUUUUUUUUCUUUUUUUUUUUUUACAUUAGAAUUAAAAAUUUCUAAAGCUCUCAGAUAUUCUAUGUGACCUUUUUUAGUUUAUGAUAAUAAAAAAAAUUAAAGGUGGAAAAAAGUAAAAUAAAAAAAACAAAAGAAAAAAAAUUAUGAAUUUGUGUGCUGGCAACAUGAAGCAGAUUUCUACCUGUGAAUGCAAAUGCCCUUGCAUGAUGCACUCCAUCAUUUAUUUUUGCUUUUGUCAAACACUUUGUUACAUUUAUAUAUAAAAUAUUUGUAUAUAUAUUUUGAGAACCUCUCGUGAACAUUAUAUUAUAGUAAAGUUGCGUAAGUAUGAAUUAGCGCUUUAAAUAAUUCACUUAAUUCUUUUUUAUUAAUAAAAUUGUUUCUAAAGCAUCUUUUCUUUGUUCCUCCAAAGAACCCCCCCCCAAAAUCAUUAGCCAUGUGCAUUGAUGUCUUGGGUCCUGUCCAUGGAGCAAACUCUGUGCUUCCUUUCACCUUCUCUAUUUUAAAGGUUGGUGCUCCAUGUACAUCCAUUAUGAGAAGCUACUGAUAGUACAGCAAUAUAGGAAGGACUCGUGUAUGUACAAUUAUUGUAAAUUGAAAUCUUGUAUGGAUGUUCCUCAUAUAAAGACUCCCCUAUGCAGGACACUACCUGAGCUCUUUGGGUUUCAUGGAGCGAUGAUUUAGUGUAUACGGAGAUUUUUUUUGUUCGUUCAUAUCCAUACAAAUUGAGACACAGGAGAUCUGCUCUGUGGCCUAUCCACUCUUCCCUGUGUCCCUAACAUCCACACAUGCUUAUCUGUUAAGUGUGAAGCCAACGGAACCUAAUGGUGUCAACUACUGUUUUGAAUGGUCGUCUUGUAGACCUUUAAGCUCCUUACGUGUUCUUGUCACAUUUACACUGUUGCUGAACCAUUUUUGGUGAUCCAACGUCAGUUGGUUCCUUUAGCAAAAAUGUGAACAAUUGUAAGUCUCUAUAUAUUGUUUGUUUGUCAUUGCAUGUCUAGACACUGGUUUAUCCUAGUUUGUGUUAUAAAAAGUAGUUUGUUUCUGUUUAAGCUGUGUACCGAUUACAUGACUGUUUUAUUAAUGCUGUAUUGCACAAACGAACUGCAAAAAAAUCGGGAAAAAAAUGUCUGUGAAUAAACUGUUUACAUGUGCAGAUAAUAAUAAAAAGCUUUUCUCUGCUUGU